GCAGAUAAGAUGGUUCUUGGCAGCAGUCUGUACCUCGGUGGGUCCAUCCUAAUCCUCCUGGCGAUGCUGCAAAAGAUACAAGGAGAUCAACAUCGCUACCAGCACGUAAAGCAUGGAACCCGUCAGGAACAACACCAGCAUCACCACCCACACGGGCUACACAGAGACAACAAACAGCCUCAUCAACAAACAGAGCCAACGACCGGCUAUGUUAAGCACCAGGACGCUGGGCAGGAGAAGUUCUUAUUUGAGAAGUACGAGGCAAGAAGGCAGUAUAUGAGGUCGAGGCGAUUGCAACAGGAAUUAACAGAUGUAAAAGCGAGAAGAAGCGACAUAGAGACUCAGAAAAUGAUAGAGAGAACAAAGGAGAGAUUAGAUGCACUGAAAGACGAAUGGGAGAAAGAGAAAGCAGGAAUGCAGGCAAGUCAGUACGCAUCACACGAAAGACGAUUGUGGAAAAGAAGUGAUACUCGAAGGACGGAACAUUUCGACGCACAAGGACAAGAGUAUGACGUCCCUCUGACGGAAGUCAGUUUGCCAGAAGACACGAACAUAGACCUGAUGGACCACUUAGAGGAACUCCGAGAAAUGUUUGCCCUUAUGGAUAAUGUAGAAAUACAAGAGGCUUUGGUUGAAGCUUCUAACAUAAGAAAUGAGGACUGGACGGAUGAGAUAUCUGAGGAAACGUUGGAAAAUCUCAGAAAAGUUCUUUAUCUCGAGGAUCCCCAGAUUUUGGAAAGACUUGUACUGUCAGAAGACGAAAUUGUUCCAGAGGUUCUGGCUGAGCUGCUGAAAACCAAGCAAGACAAAGAAGCCGCAAAAAUAAACCAGCAUGGGGUAGAUGAAGGCGAGGACGACCGUAGUGCCAGGAUGAAGGAAGGUACCCCGAAACUUGGAGAAAGUCCCGCGGAAGAGGAGCAGGAACCAGUGAAUGCGAACAUGGAAAUUAAAGACAGCCAAGUAAGAACUCUUAUUCAUGAGGAAAAGGAAUUUCGGACUAUGGACAUGGUGAAUAAAGGCGAAUUAGAUGAGGGUCUCUUGGAAGAGGAAGAACUGAGGAAUCUGAGCAAGGAGAAUAAAAAUGAAUCGAUAGGACCUCCCGUCGAAAAGGAAGAAACUCGGAGUCUGAGAACAGAGAAUAACAGCGAAGGCGAUGUCGAGCGCAUUGGAGAAAUGUUUGCAGACAUGGCAGCUUCAGGAAACGGCCGUGACGCGUUGGAACUUUUAAAACUAAUGGCCGCGGAGUCAAAUAAGGGAUUGGUGACAGAAAAUCCCGUUUUAGCGUUAGUUCAGCCGGAAGACAUGGCCGUUUCUACCCCCGCGGAAAAUAGGUUUAAUACAAAUGGGCAGAUUAUUCAGAUCGUUUCAUUAGAGGAGGAGGAUGGGAAGUCCGGCCACCUGGAAACGGAGAGCGAAAGAAAAGAAAUGCAUCCCACUCUAACUGGAAGAGAAGGUGUGCAUUUGGAUGAUUCAAGAAAAAUUGUUUCUGGAAUUACAGAAGGUAAUGAGGAUGAAAGCCAUUCUAGAUCAGAGGAAAGAAGUUAUGUUGAAGAUGAACUUUUGCUGGAGGUAUUAAGACAGAAAACGUUGGACCUCAUACAGAAGUCAAGGAAACGAUACAGCGCAGAGGAGGCAGCAAGGCUGUCGAGUUUAUGGAAAUGAUGUUUAUAUCGCCAUCCGGUCGUGAUAAUGAGGACAAAACGCAAGCUCCAGCACCGAAAGAGGAAGCCAGCACAGAGUUGAUGAAUGAGGACGUACGACGGCUUGGAGAGAUGGAACACGCCAAGGAAAAAGAUACUCCAAGAUUACAAGGCGACCAGGUUAUCCCCAAACCCGAAGACAUAUAUAAGUGGAUGCACACACGUUCGGAGAUGUUGGUAGGACUGCCCUGAGCUUCCCGCAGGUGACGUGUCGGAGCCUGCCAUCCUGGAGGCGGCCACCUGGGAGGCGGCGAGGGCGGCCAUGAGCCUUCCAGAAGAAUUCCAUGGCUUGCCUGAGCAAGCAGAGCUCUUGUUAAGCCAUGUGGAUUUGCGGAUGUUGCAGGGCGAAGAAAAUGAACAGGAGGUCGUGGCCGAACCCGAGGCGCGACUGAGGUGCAUCGGCGGCAGUUUGUGCAGGAGCUGUGCGCGCUAUUCCAUGCUCUAC